AUGGCUCCGUAUGAAGCAUUAUAUGGGCAGAAAUGCCGAAGUCCUCUAUGUUGGAGCGAUAGGAGUGAUGUGGUCAUUCUUGGACCUCAAUACUUGCAAGAAACCACUGAAGCCAUCAAAGUGAUUCAAGGGAGAAUGAAAGCCGCGCAAGAUCGCCAAAAAUCUUAUGCCGAUCUGAAGAGACAAUUCGUGGAAUAUCAGCGGUAUGUGCCUGAUACAUCCCAUGUAUUGGAACCUGAGGAAUUGGAGAUGGAUGAUUCAUUGGCAUAUGAAGAAAGACCGAUUUGUGUCUUGGACUCAAAAACCCGAGACACAAGGCGAAAAUCCAUCAAAAUGAUUAAAGUUCAAUGGUCGAACCAUAGCCCAGAAGAAGCUACCUGGGAGUUGGAGGACGAUAUGAUGGCACGCUAUCCGGAAUUAUUUGACUCAGCGGGAGAAAGUAGCAAGUUAUCUUGA